CUUAUUACAAUUAAAAUGAAAACCGAACACAUUUUUCACGGCACGGAAUACGUGGUACACCCGAAUAGAAAUAAAUGUGUAAUAGUGACAAUCGCAUCGGCAACAGAUCCAACAAUGGCGGUGUUUAUUAGAAAAUACAAAGUUUGUGCGAAAAAACAUAAAAUCCAAUGGAUCAUAAUGCAUAAAUAUCAACCUCAUACCGGGAAACUACGCCAUCGCACGAGCGGAUGGUUAAACAGCGAAAAAACGCUUGCCAAGGAACAUGCAGCGCCAUCGAAAUCUGUGAAGAGUCAUUGGUGGAAGUUACAAGCAACCAUGAUGCUGAAUCCCAAUAAACUGCAUAUUUAAGGUGAACUUAUGGGCUAUGGUCACAUUAUAUCAAGAUGAUGACCACAGGCCGGAGAUAUACUGAUAAUAACGUAAUUCGAAUAAAAUAUAAGAUGGUGAUUAAAAUAUAAAUAAAACUUG